ACACCUAUAUACACUCACCUGCACUGGUUGGGGCCACAGUGGGUCAUACUACACCACGGCUGGUCCAUCUGGUCCCCACAGCGAGGACAGCGACAAGUCUGAGAGUACGCAUCCAGUUUACACCUGGGCUUUAAUGGCUGGUCAAGGCAUCUGUAUGGGAGAGAGGGAUUCGAAGCGAUACAAGGCACAGAACUCCCAACAGUGAAAUGUUGAUUCAAGCAACAUUUCUACUUUGUCUAGCUGUGGUGAGCAGCUAUGCUCAAGUUCCAGCCGGCUUACCCGAAGCAAUAGCUCUUCCAAGCAGCUGUUCUGUGCCACUGCCAAUUGGUAAGCGUGCAGCAGAUGAUCCCGAGGACAUAGUGAGGAGACUCAACAGCGGGGAACUGAGCCCUGAGGGUGAGGACGACACGGCAACACUGUCUGGCCCUCAACGCUUUGCACCCCCCUUCAGAUGUGAAGAUGGACCAAAAUCGAUUAUUCAUACAGUUCAUGGAGAGUUUUAUUGGCCACCUAUCCGUCGUGGAUCAUGUGACAACCUCUACUGCCGAAACCCUCCUUGUAUCGCCCGUAAGACAGUCUGGAAAUCAGCAUGUGUCUUCGUGUUCAAAAUUAUCAAAGGUAAAUGGGUCUUCCUCGGUCGUCGAUUGAGGAGAUAUUUGGACCACCAGGAGUGCGGUUGCAAAAACUGCGGUGACAUCACCUCUCGUACCCAGUGCACCACCACAAGACCUUGCCCCAAUAGUCUGAUCCGCAACUCAUUUUGUUACUGGACCAAAAAGUGCGAAUGUUGCACCCCCUUCAAGUGCCCCAAAGGCCAAAUCUUCAACUAUCGGACGUGCCAGUGUGAUUGUCCCCCUGGGAGCAAGAAGAACAGAGCAGGAAACUGUGUCGGAGAUUGUGAUGACAUAAACCUUAACUUCUGCCCCACUGUGCUGUGUGCUGAAAAUGACCAUCUCAAGUGUCAGGUGCAGGGUUACAAGUGCGUCUGCCCAUCAUGUGAUGAUGUCACUGCCACUAACGACUGUACAAGGACAAAAUGCCUUGAGCAGCGUACCAAGCCUCGGUGUAAGGUGGACCCAUGCACGCGCAAGUGUCGCUGUCCUAACUGCGAGGAUGCACCCGAUAGACUCUGGUGUGCCAGGACAUACUGUGGCCCUAACAACCAUCUGCAGUGCAGGUGGAACCCGUACUACGAGAGCUGCUCCUGUCCCCAUUAACAUGUUAGAUCAUGCAUGGCAGGAAACUUGUUGAAUACUGAACUAAAUUAAUCAUUAGCGAGCUAUUAAUCAGUGCUGUGACUUUUAAGAGUUUGACCAUUAUUUGGUGAAUAAUU